UUCGAAAACUUGUUCAGAAGUUUGUUUUUAAUGAGCUAGAGUUUCAUAUAUCAAGUGAAAUACGUGUAUUCGUCGAGUGGCUAGUACAAUGUCGAGGAAAAAGAGGAAUUUAACGGAUAAAACCGUCGCUUCUUUGUUGAAUGAUGCAUCGGCGUGCGGUAUGGACGUGCAUGGCUUGACCGAACACUUGGCUGACUACUUCGCGAACCCGACCGAGCCCCUGGCCGCGGGCGAGAGAGGAACUCCUUCUUCUCCUAGGCCUAGCUCCGACUCUGAAUCUGAGUCUGAUGAGUUCGAGGAGGCAGGUCCAGGACCAGCAGAGCCUUGUGAAAGCCGCGAUGAAAGCGGCGAUGAAAGCGAUUGGGUCGAUGAGGCAGAGGAGCCUAUGGAUUUGUCAAGUGACAAUGAAAGCGUCAUACGGAGACCGGGUCCUGUCAUUGAUGACGUGGAGGAGGAGGCGGCAGCGGCUACAAAUCUGGCCCAACAAAUAGAUCUUGAUCUGGAACCGCUGAAGGAUCGCGUGAAUAAAUGCAACUGCCGUAUCUUCAAUGGAAGACGCUGUAUAGAACAAUUCUCUGUAGCCGAACAAGAGUCCAUAAGAUAUUCAACCAAAGAGCUCACGGAGUUCGAAAAGGAUUUACUUCUCCUGGGUAUCAUUUCGUCUUCCAUCAAUGAUGGAAAUAUGACCCAGGGGAAGAAAUCUAAGCCAAUGGAGAGGAAAAACACAAGGAUGCGGAAUUUUUGCUAUGGGCAGAAACGGAUCUGUAGAUAUACGUUUUUCUACUUGAUGGAGAUUGGGCCACAGAAGUUUACGAAUCUCAAGAAGUGGUAUGCCAGCAAUGGACUCAUCCCAAGGAGAAAGAAGUCAGGAGGACGGAGAGGCAAGAAACUUCUCAAGCUAGAGCAGGUAGAGGCGGUCGUCAAAUUUAUUUUGAAUUUCACCGCAGAACACUGCAUUCACCUACCAGGCAGGAUACCAGGGUUCAAAUCGGCUGAUGUGAAACUGCUGCCGUCCUACGUCACCAAGGCGCAUCUGUGGAGGAUCUACAGAGAUGCUGCUCCAGAGCAUGGACCCGUAGCUGAGUCUACCUUCCGAAAGCUGUGGAGCGACCUUCUCUCCUAUGUGGUUGUUGCCAAGCCGGCCACGGAUCUCUGCUGGACAUGUCAGCAGAACAACAACCUUAUCACCAGACAGGUCAAUGUUCCUGAUGAAGAGAAGACAGAGGCACUCAGGAGGCAGGAGGAGCAUCUUCUGGAGGCCCAGAGAGAGCGGGAUGCCUACAGGACAGCCUGUCAAGCCUCAAAGGCAGUCGCGAGAGAGCAUUCUAUCAAGAAGCUAGGGAAAAAUGCUGCGAACUCCAAGCCUGUAGUUUUUCAUUACAGCUUCGACUUUGCACAGCAAGUGCAUUAUCCAGCUGACCCCCAACAACCUGGCCCUUCGUAUUUCCGUACACAAAGAAAGUGCCACAUCUUUGGCAUGGCUGCAGAGGGUCUGCCUGCUCAAGUUAAUUACCUUGCAGAUGAGGGCGUCAGCUGUGGUAAAGGAGCCAAUGUUGUUGUAAGCUACAUCCACCAUUUUCUGGAAAACUACGGGAUUGGAGAACAACAUGUGCACUUCAAUGCUGAUAACUGUGCUGGACAGAAUAAGAAUAACACCAUGCUCCAAUAUCUCUGUUGGCGUGUGGAGAGUAAUCUCCACAAAUCUGUCUCAAUUUCAUUUUUGCCAGUGGGACAUACUAAAUUCGCCCCUGACUGGUGCUUUGGCCUCCUCAAACAAAGGUACCGCAAGACCAAAGUCUCCUGCCUCCAGGACAUAGUUAAUGUUGUAGAUUCUUCUACGGUGUCAGGGGUCAAUAUUCCACAGCUCGUUGGAAAUGAGAAGGGGGAUGUGUUUGUGAAGGUGUACGACUGGUCCAACCAUCUUGGCAAACACUUCAAACGAUUUCCUCGUAUAACAUUCGCCAGACACUUCAGAGUUACUGAAGAUCAUCCUGGUAGAGUGUUUUACAAGGAAAAGUCUGACAGUGCUGAAGAGAUGUUUGACCUUGCUCGCUCGUCACCUCCACCAACACUUCCUCCACUCAUCCAACCUGCAGGACUUGAUGCCAGUCGCAGGAAAUAUUUGUAUGAGCAGAUCAGAGAGUUCUGUACGCCAGAGACUAGGGACUUGGUAUGUCCAGCACCAGAGUAGCUUGGGUCAAACCAUAAACUUUAGGUACUUAAAUUCCUCUAGGACGUAUUCAGCAUUGAAGUGUACAAAGUAUUUUUUCUGUCUACAUGUAAUAAGUAGCAGUCACUUUGUCCACUAUAGUUUCUGCCAUUUCAGUUCAGCAAUAUAAUAGCUUGGGUCAAACCAUAAACUUUAGGUACUUAAAUUCCUCCAGGACGUAUUCAGCAUUGAAGUGUACAAAGUAUUUUUUCUGUCUACAUGUAAUAAGUAGCAGUCACUUUGUCCACUAUAGUUUCUGCCAUUUCAGUUCAGCAAUAUAAUAGUUCCAUGUGUUCAUUUAUUCUAAGCUUGAUGCAUAUCAGCACUUAACAUCAGCACUAAAUUAUCGGUGUUUGGCCACUGCCAUAUGUUUCUAUUUGUAAAGGUUUUUGUUAGAUUGACAUUAACAAUGUCUAUCCUAUGUACAUACUAUUGAUCUCUUCGGCUGUGAAUUUUGUAUGAAACGAGAUAACUCAAAAGAUUCAAAACUGUACAUCAUUAAUUCUUGGGCACUAAUGCAUAAUAGUUCAUGAUUAGUGUAGUCACUAGUCAGAUUGCAUUUUUUAUGGGAUUCGUUAUUGUUUUUUCUUUACGUUGAUAAUGAAAGAAUAUAAUUAUUUUAUAUCUGAUACUGAUUGACUGAAAUUGAUAUUUUUGCAUUAUUAAUCUCUAUCUCAAGAAGACAAUAGUUCUGUCAAAUUGUCUCAACUGUUACUUUAUUGUACAUUCCUUAAUGUACCAGGAUAUUUUUUACAAUACAUGUAUUAUAGGUUAUCUGUUGUCGAGUGACUUAUAAGUUUUUUUGUUUUUUUUUAAAUCUCAAAUAGCCUUGAUUAAGACUAAUGCUUUUUAUCAUAGCUUUUAUUAAAUAUGACAAAAUAUAAAUCAUUUUGAACUCGCUUCUUGUGUUCCAGUAAUUAUCAUUUAAAAAACAGAUUCUGUCGGGUUUCAAGUUCAACGCAAUUUGUUAUUUCACUUUAUUGCAAUCUUUUUUUUAAUAUAUUUAAAAAAAAAAAAAAUCAUUUUUAUUACAUCUGGUUUUGUAAUAGGCCUAUUAUUAAGCAUAAAUUUUAAGAAAAUGCAUUAUUACAUUUUAUUAUUGCAACAUUGAUGUAACCUGCUAUUAUUUUGUGUACGAGAACAAUUUUGUACUGAUGAAACAUAAUAAACCGUGGAAUCGUUUUCCCAGCAACUUUGCCUAGUAUAACAAAAA